CUGUGCAUGACUCCAUAAGGACAAUAGGCAGAGCCAGCAGGGGGGGAUAAUCCAGUUACCCAGACUCCAAUAUGUCUGUACACCUACAUAAUAACAAAUAGGGACUUGCUGGGAGGCUGGGCCAUAUAGGCAUAAAAAGAGCCAUAAGGAGAGAUUUGAGAGACAGUAAAAAGGACUCCUAAACAUCAGAUCAUCUGCUUCAGUUUUAAGCUGGCCAUAGACGUGCAGCUUUAGUCGUGCGGCGACGAACGAUCCGAGAUCGAUCGUUCGUUAAAUACAAUCGAUCCACCAUUAACACAAAAAGUAUGAUCUUAAAAGAUAUCAUCGUUUGGCAGAGAAUGGUCGUUCGAAAGUAACCAUUAACAUAACGACGAUAGUCGUUAGAUUACGAAAAAGUAAUUUCCGGAAGUGACAUAACGUUGUGGGCGGGUUGGCGUGCAUUUAAACGAAGGAUCGUUGUGUCUUUUGUCCAUACGAACGAACGUGCGUGUAUAACGAAGGUUCUCAGCACAAGGGGAAAUGAGUUCUUUCUAUACUCCACGACACAGAGCAGCACUUGCAAUUGCACUGGUCUGUUCUUUAAAAAAGAAAAAUAGAAGAAAGAGGUCAGUGUGGAGCAAAGAAUGGCUUUUAAAAAGAGAAACCCUUUCACACAUGGCACUACUGCAAGAACUGAGGGAGCACAACCCUGAAGAUUUUAAAAACUACUUGCGGAUGUCUGAUUCAUGCUUUGAAGUUCUACUUGAGGCUGUGUCACCUCUGAUCCAAAGACAAGACACUGUCAUGCGAAAAUCUAUUUCUCCUGAACAAAGACUGAUAGCUACACUAAGAUUUUUGGCAACAGGAAGGACAUUUGAGGAUCUAAAAUUCUCUACAGGAAUAUCUGCACAAGCACUUGGCCAUAUAAUCCCAGAUACAUGUCGUGCUAUUGUGGAAGCCCUCAAGCAAGAAUAUUUACAGUUUCCGUCAACACCAGAAGAAUGGCUACAAGUUGCUAAGCAGUUUGAAGACUACUGGAACUUCCCAAAUUGCGGUGGUGCCAUUGAUGGAAAACAUGUGCGAAUUAAUCCACCGCCAAACUCUGGAUCAUAUUACUACAAUUAUAAAGGAUAUUUUAGUGUAAUACUUCUGGCAGUAGUAAAUGCUAAGUAUGAAUUCAUCAUGGUUGAUAUCGGAAAAAAUGGGAGGGUAUCUGAUGGUGGUGUUAUAGAACAGACUUUGUUCUACCAGAAACUGAAGGAGAAGCAGUUACAAUUGCCAUCAAACUCUGAAACAAAAGAGGGCCUAAAUUUUGUUUUUGUGGCUGAUGAAGCCUUUGCCUUGCAUGAAAAUUUAAUAAAACCAUUCCCACAGAAGACACUGACACCAGCAAGGAAGAUUUUCAACUACAGACUGUCACGUGCAAGACGAGUUGUUGAGAAUGCCUUUGGUAUUUUAGCCAAUAGAUUCAGAAUUUUCCACACUACUAUCAAUCUGUCUCCCCAAAAAAUAGAUAUCAUUGUGUUUGCAUGUUGUAUACUACACAAUUUUCUCAGACGGAACAAUGCAAAUAGUUAUACUCCUUCCAAUCUGAUUGAUCAGGAGGACAUACAUGCCAGAAAUGUUAUUCCAGGGGAAUGGAGAAAUGAAAACAAUGGAUUUAUUGAACUACAAGGCACACAAGCACACAACAAUACUAGAGAUGCAAAAAGUAAUAGAGACAGAUAUGUUGAUUAUUUUACUGGUGUUGGAGCUGUUGACUGGCAAUCUGCUAUGGUGUAAUACUGGUUUUUGCCAUACUGUGACUGUAAAGCCAAAAAUGCACAUAUAUAAAUUAGCUAUACAGUAAGGUGCCAAAAGUAUAAUAGGGAGAAAUAUGUUGAAUAUUUUACAGGUGUUCACCGGAAGUCUGAUAUCUUAACACUUUCUUAACACUUUCUGUACGAAUAUAAUGCUGCUUACUUUUUUGAAUAAAAUUUUUUUAAUACUUA